CGUCAAGCCAUCGGCUGAAUGCCACUUACGCGUGCGUGGCUCCGCCCACAACCCGCCCAACGGUUGCCUAUAAAUGUUGGCGCCAGAGACUUCACAUUUCACUCCUAACUUGGUGCACUUUCGCGCUCUCCGAUCUUUCGAAGUUCGAAAAGUUUCGUCGACGUCUCUCCGCUGAGAAGCUAGAAGAUCCUCAUCAACUUCAAAAUGCUGAACAAGAACAUUGCUAUCGCCGUCGCCGUGGUUUUGGCUCUGGUCUGCCUGGCAGAGGCCAGGGAGGAAGGUCCUCAUGACAUGGCUGAUGCUCUCCGUAUGCUGCAAGAACUGGACCGCUACUAUACUCAGGCUGCUAGACCAAGGUUCGGGAAGCGUUCUGAUGCCUAUACGAACUGGGCCAAGGACCUUGAGAAGCCGGACUUACCUGCUUGGUUGGCGUAUGCAAGAAGGAGAUGAGAAGUGCAACAGUCUCGGGAUCUAUAUUAAAAACCAUGUCAUUUAAAUCAAUGUUCGUGAUUACUGUUAACAGUUUUAAACGUUUAAGUACCACAUUCCAAGUAAAUUUUAUCCUUUAACGUGUACCUUAACCCAAUAUUGAAUAGAGACUCGCGAGUUUGCGUUCUGACUGAUUUUGAAUUUAUUUAUUUAUUUUAUUGAAUAAUUUAUUUAUGAAUUCUACUUUAUUUAAUAAUUUACUUAUUUUUAAAUUCAUUUUUGUAGAUUUCUGGAGGUUAAAAUAAUAAUUGAUAUCUUAUUGUAUUAUUGAUAUUUAAACGAUUUUCGGUCUAAAUUUUACCCAACUUAAGAGUCAUUAAGUCAUAGAAUUCAAAAUAAAAAAAUGUACCUUUACGGAUCAAAUAUCAUUGUAAUGUUAUGAAUAAAAGCAAUUGAUAAAAUGUAAUAUU